CUUCCUUGGUGCGUCUCUCUUGUUCCUUGCUUUCACUACCAUUGACGAUUCGCGAUGUCUACCUCCACUCAAAAUCCUAUGGCUUCUACAUCUAUGUCAUAUACGGCGCUAAUAGCUACACUCGUCCUUCUCCUCGCUGUUUCAUCCGCCAUUGUUAUCCGCAGCCUUGUACUUCGACGACGUCACCAACGCAUUGUAGAAGAAGCUAUCCGAGCAGGGACAUGGCUCCCUCACCAACCGUAUGAUACAAGAGGGAGUCGCAGACGAAGAGACAUUGGAAAGAAACCGAAGUUGUGGGAAGCAUGGCUUCGGAGUGGUGAUGAGGAAGGCCCAGCGGACAUCAAAUGUGCUUGGGAUGACAUAAUGCCCGUUUACGCCGCUCAUAUCAAGUCUUCUUCAAGUGCACGGUCCUCGAGGUCACAGUCACCGCAAACACGAUCUGACGCGUCGUCUCGCACGAUGCGCUUCCUACGAUCUUACCGUACACCAUUUUCACCAGCACCGGCGACGUCAUCUCCGAUUAUUCCUUCUACACCUGUAUCUUCAUCUCCGUCAACAUCGGCACCUUAUUCCGUAAGCGUAGCUGUCCUCAUUGCAAUGCCCAGACAAUAUCACGCACGGGAUGCGGAUGGACCACCUGUCAUUGAGCUUGGCGUCGUCCAUGUCCCUCUCCGAGACAUGAGCCCAAGCGGUGACCAGCCAUGACAGGCACUCACGGUGGUUCUGGGCUAUGUAUGUAUACUUAUUGUUUCUAGCGCUAUUAUUUAAUACAGCAUGCUACAUCAACAUGUAUAGAUGUUUAUGUACUUUUAACUGCCACCUCAUCGCCAUGCAUUCUGUCGAAGCGCAGACACUCCAUCACUUACGUAGGCGUUGAUCGGUUUGUCCUUAAUAUAGCUGUGUUGGAUCAAAGUGGCGCGUUAAUGCUUUCUGGGAUGGUCGCCGUCUUGUGCUGCAAGUGCAGCAAUCAAACGGUGUAACCGAGAACGGGAUAGUUCAUGAGUCCGAAUGAAUACUUGUUGGUGACUGCACUGUUUAUCUUAUCGAUGUACUUACAUGCUUCAGCCUCGAGGACAUGGAGCGAUGAUGUUGAUGGAGUGUCAUUGUCAAUUGAAAUGAUCUGCGCCUCGUGU